CGCUGCCUGCUCUGGUUGAGUUGGUUAACUAGGUUUAGGCAAGAGGAGUGGGAUUGGCUAGGGUUUAGGAUAAGAAUGUCAGAGUCAGCCAAUCAGAGGUAGAGUAAGGCAGAGUAGGGCGGGAGAUAUCUUCGCCAUCCUCGCUUUUGGGGGUUGCGCCUACGUAACUGUGCGUCUGACGUCACCCUCCUUAGUAACCCUCGGCGGCGUCUCUAGGAGAGAAGGCAUCAAGAUGGGAUUGCUGUCCAUCCUACGUAAGCUAAAGAGCACACCAGACCAGGAGGUCAGGAUACUGCUGCUGGGUCUGGACAACGGCGGGAAGACCACCUUGCUCAAACAGCUGGCAUCUGAGGAUAUCAGCCAUAUCACCCCCACACAGGGAUUCAACAUUAAGAGCGUCCAGUCUCAGGGGUUUAAACUGAAUGUUUGGGACAUUGGAGGCCAGAGGAAGAUCAGGCCGUACUGGAGAAACUACUUUGAAAACACAGAUGUGCUGAUAUAUGUCAUUGACAGCGCUGACAGAAAGAGAUUUGAGGAGACUGGUCAGGAGCUGGCAGAGUUGUUAGAUGAAGAGAAGUUGAGUGCCGUUCCCGUGCUGAUCUUUGCAAACAAGCAAGACCUGCUGACAGCCGCCCCGGCCUCCGAGAUCGCAGAGGGUCUCAAUCUGCACACCAUCCGGGAUCGCAUGUGGCAGAUCCAGUCCUGCUCUGCCCUCACUGGGGAGGGGAUUCAGGAGGGCAUGAAUUGGGUGUGCAAGAGCGUCAACUCCAAGAAAAAAUAGCUUCACUUCUAGUCUUCUGCUACUCAGGAGGAACAGCAGCAGCACCUACACUGACACACAUUUCACCCUCCGGAGCCUUAGUACGAUGGGAUAUACCUGUGAAUGUAAACACACUACUAUUCCAACAUGGACCUGGAGUAUUUAACCCCCUGCAUUCCUGCAUCGCUGAUGUUUACUAAUCUCAACACAUCUUCCUACGUUGGCCUCUACAAAGGGGAGGGCGGUUUGUCUUCAGAGGGAUCCCAUGCCAGGAAAUCGACCUCCUCCACCCAGACUACCCACGUCACCAUCACUGUCUCAGCCAAUCCCAGCCACCAUCCACGGCCUGUCACAACCUCAAACAUUCCCAUUAAACUGCGGUCUUUCAUUGGAAUUCCAACUUGUUCUUUAAACUCUUUCACACACUGUCCGGGAACCACCCCCCCACCCCCCCCAACCCUUUCUCCUCCAUCUUAUUCUUACAGGUUGAUAUGUGUUUGUUUUUUAUCAUUCCACAAUGGCUGUAAGCUCUUUUACUGCUAUGGCUCUGUUUGAAGUGAGGUAUAUUUUUGUAAUUGUUUUAUUUAUGGUGAAGUAGAGUGCUUUCAAACAACAGCAGGUGUGAUGUGUGUGUGAUUUAAAGGAUGUUGGAGAAACAAUUCCAACUCCCCCCACUAAAGAAUAAUGUACAUGUUAAUAUGUAUAAAAAAGAUGAGAUUACAUGGUUAAGAGGAACUACAUUUUGGAUUAAGUGUAAAUAGCUCGGCCCUGUGAUCAUAUGUUACGUUAUGCACAUGUUAUAGAGUAUAUGUUACCCUGCUGUACUUUGUAGUCUAUAAUGUUUGCAUAUCUAAUAUAUGCAGAUUUUUAUCAAGAGGUAUACGUACUGUACGUCCCAAUGCAUUUCUUUGUGCUCUUUGGGUUUGUGAGGGAAUUCACUCUUGCAUUUCCUUUUGAUAUUCUUGAAUGUAAUCUGUCCAGAAUUGAAGGUACUGUAUGUGAAUAAAAAGACAAGAAAUCCCGAAA